AUGACAACCACUUAUUUUUCACCAACAGUUAAAGUGCCGGUGAUACAACCAACACACGUGUCAGAGGGUUCCUAUAAAAAGAUCGGAAAUGUAGACGCAUAUUGUGUCGGUCGCUCAAAUAACAAGAAAGCUGUCAUAGUGUCCCAUGAUAUGAUGGGAUUCAAUCCUCGAUCGGAACAAUUAUGUGAUAUAAUUGCUUCGCAGGGAUUUCAUGUAAUAAUGCCAUAUUUCUUCAACGAUGAGCCAUAUACAAUAGAACGCAUAAAACGCGAAGGAAAUUUUGAACGAUUUCUGUGGUUAUCACAAGCAGCACCACAAGAAUACGUAAAUAAAGUAAUUGACAUAAUAAUCACAUAUUUACGAUCAGAAGGAUACAGGGAAUUUGGUUUCUUUGGUGCAUCAUGGGGAGGGAAAUGCGCGGUUUUCGCUUCACAUAACUCAGCAUUUACCGCAGCGGUUCUUGUGCAUGUGCCGUGGUUAAAUGCAAACGAUUUUAAAGAUACACAGUGUCCGGUGGCAAUAUUGUCAUCAGGUGAUUUAAGAGAUUUGACACCAAUAGUUCAAGCUCUAAAAUCUACCAAACCAUUCGCACGUAAAAUUGUGCAUAAACGUUUUCCGGAAGCAAGGUAUGGAUGGGUUGGAGCACUCAGCAAUUACUCAAAUCCAAUGAUAGCCGAACUAAACACGGAGACGAUGCGAAUAGCAGUCACUUUUUUUCGAGAGAAUAUCGGCGUAAGGAAUUAUUAG